GUUCUCAAUGUUUUAUUUCCAUAGUGGAGGAAAACCCUAUGCACAUCGAUGCAUCGAUGUACGCCCUCCGAUGCUUCGACAAAUAACGAUAUUUUGAUAGGAUGUAUUAACAUAUACCCAAAUGGAAUAAAUUAAAAUACGCAAUACAAAAAUACGCUCAUCAAAUGAAAUAAAUUGACAUAGAAUAAAAAUUGUAAUGCAGUGUGCGGUGUGGAAUUGUGUAAGCCAACGCAGGGACCCGUCUGAAAGAAGAGCUUUUUUCCGUUUCCCGAAGGAUCCUAAACAGCAAGAAAAAUGGUUGAAGUUUUGCCGGCGAUCUAAAGAUUUUAAACCAAAAACGUGGAGAAUUUGUAUGGACCAUUUUAAAGAGGAACACAUUAUAGGGAAGUUAGCUUUUGAAUUGGGGCUACAAACCAGAAGACGUUUGCAGCCCGGCGCCAUUCCAUGUAUAUACACAACCGCUCAGCAGCAGUUGAAGAGACUGGAAGAGGAAAAACAAAGAGCGAUACAUAUUUUAGGUGACUUGCCAACUUCUAGUGCAACAGUUUUGAAGCCGCAGACAGACGCAGCCGUAGUAGCCGCAAAAAAUCCAUGCAAAAUAGAAGCAGGUAUGCGACCAUCGAGUGCUCUUUCCAAGCCGCUCAGCCCAGACGUAGCUGUAGUAGCCACAACAAAUGCAUGCAAAAUAGAAGUAGGUAUGCGACCAUCGAGUGCUCUUUCCAAGCCGCUCACCCCAGACGCAGCCGUAGUAGCCGCAACCAAAACAUGCGAGACAGGUACACAGACAUCGCCCACAACAAUUUAUAACCCAGUCAUAUAUAUGAUCGUCUGCGUAAAAUCGCCCUAAGCAAAAAUUUUGAAGUGUUAGUACUAAAAAUAAUGGAGUCUUUU